GUGGUCGUUUUCUCCGUCCUCUUCCUUCCAUCGCUAGCUAACUCUUCUCUUUCUCUCGCAUUUUCUGUUGCUUUUAUCAUCGUAUUUAUCAUGCUAUCCUGCACAACAUCAAAUACCAAACGGGGCUCAACACUGUUCUUGCAAUUCUUGCAGAACAUGCUCUAGGAAAACCACGUGAAUAGGUUAUAUAAGUUUUGUUUAUCUUUCGUCAAAAUGUCUGUUGAAGAAGCGGCUGAAAAACUUGUCAGGGAAAUAGAAACAACAACCGAUUUAAAUUCCUACUGCACUCAACUAGGAGAUGACAUAAUGCGUGGGGAUCUGAGUAUUUUGAAACUAGUGGAAUGGCUUGGUCCUCUCCUGACCAAUACAAGAGUGACAGAUAGAGAAAAAGGCACUCUAAAUUUGUCUUAUGUGCUGGCAUCAUUGCGACCUGACUUCUUAUCUGAGAAAGAGCUGUUCUUUUUGACAGCUUUCUAUUGUGAUCGCACCUUAGAUCACCAUUCGCUUUCCUCAGCCAUUCUUCAAGGAGUGUCGGCAUUGAUCAGAAUGAAUAACCUACCCGCCGAUUCUCCCAAACUGAUUUUUUCAUCAAUUUUUGCCAAUGUACACUGUCAGACAUUGAUGCAAUCGGAAAGGAAUGCACUUUACAAAAUAUUCCAGUACUUUCUUGUUCAUAAAUUAACUGAUAUAGUGCCAUUGGGAGUGGAUUUUGUUCUUGGUUUUAUCACUGCAAUCGAUGGAGAAAGAGAUCCAAACAAUUUGAUAUUGUUGUUCUCGAUUUUGCCAAGAUUUUUAACCAGUUUUACUUUGGGACAUCUCACUGAAGAAGCAUUCAGUAUCAUAUCUUGCUAUUUUCCAAUUGACUUCAAUCCCAGUGGAGACGAUGAUAAAGCAAUAACCAGGGAAGACUUGGCUCAAGCACUGUUGCCAUGUCUGAUAGCCACCCCAGAAUUUGCUGAAUUCUGUAUCGAAAUGGCCCUUGAGAAACUUGCCUCUAAUCGUCGUGUUGCGAAAGUUGACUCUCUUCAUGUCUUGAAAGAAGGAUUUAAAACCGUUUGGAACAGUGCCAACGUUGAGCCCCAUCUGACUGAGAUAUGGACAGCACUGAAAAGUGAACUAAUACCUGGCAAUUCGGACUUGGACGUGCGAUGUUCAGCUUCAGAGACGUUGAGUGAACUGCUCAAACUAUUCAGUCGACAAAGACCGGCUUUACUUGCUUCUUUUCUCUCUGAUAUUUUGUCAAGCACUUGUGGACUUUUGUCCGACACCCGACUCAGUCUGUUUUCGCCAGCAGUUGAUCUACUUGAAGUAACCGCCAAAUCAUCGGAACUCGCUUGUAAACAAGUCGUUUCUAAUGUAAGUUGA